AGAAUUAGAAAAUAAAAUGCAAUUUGGUCGACAAAUGUAAAAUGGAAGAGAGUAUUUAUUUAUUCUUUGAACAAUGAUGAUGCAACAACAUCUUGUCUGCAAGGCAGUUGUUCCCCGGCACGGCCACUCGCUCGCCAACCUACCCACCGAUUCCGUGCUGGUCUGCUAGGGUUGGGCCGGAUUCUUGAUUAGGGUUUCUACCUCUAGUUCAAUGGAGAACUUCAACCAUCUAGGACAGCAAGAGGCUGCUGCUGGGCACCGAGGCGGCACCGGUAGCUUCUUAUACUCCGGCUCCGUUCUUACCGCACCGCCGAGUUACGACAGAACCACCACACCCUCCGCCGGAAACUUCCACUUGCAGCCUUACGAUCAUCCCGUAGUGAAGACGGAAGCGGGAAUCACCAAUACUUCUCAUCACACCCAAAGUUUUGAAGGCGAGGAUGAAGCUAUAAUAAAGGCAAAGAUCAUUUCCCAUCCUCAGUAUUCCAAUCUCUUGGAAGCUUACAUGGACUGUCAAAAGGUCGGUGCUCCGCCGGAGGUGGCGGCGCGUCUCGGGGUGGUCCGGCAAGAGUUCGAGUCCCAGCAGCGAGAUUCAAUACUGGGUAGCAGAGAUAUAUCAUCUAAGGACCCGGAACUCGACCAGUUCAUGGAAGCAUACUAUGAUAUGUUAGUGAAGUAUAGAGAAGAGCUGACGAGGCCUUUACAAGAAGCAAUGGAGUUCUUGCGGCGGAUUGAAUCGCAGCUAAAUAUGCUUAGCAAUGGUCCUGUUCGGGCCUUCAAUAGUUCUGAUGAAAAAUGUGAGGGUGUUGGUUCAUCAGAAGAGGACCAAGACAACCACAGCGCGGGUGAAACUGAACUAACUGAAAUUGAUCCUCGGGCUGAAGAUCGAGAGCUGAAGAACCACUUGUUGAGGAAGUAUAGUGGCUAUCUAAGCAGUUUGAAGCAAGAACUCUCAAAGAAAAAGAAGAAAGGGAAACUCCCCAAAGAAGCGCGUCAAAAGUUGCUUAGUUGGUGGGAGUUGCACUACAAAUGGCCUUAUCCUUCGGAAACGGAAAAGGUGGCGCUGGCCGAAUCAACAGGUUUGGAUCAAAAGCAAAUAAACAACUGGUUCAUCAAUCAAAGGAAGCGACAUUGGAAGCCAUCUGAAGAUAUGCAGUUUAUGGUGAUGGAUGGGCUGCAUCCUCAAAAUGCAGUUCUUUAUAUGGACAGUCACUACAUGGGAGACAGUGCCUAUCGUAUGGGUCCAUAAUAGUUAACAUCAAAGUCGGAACUAACGUGCUGUAAAGACUUGUGAUGAUUUAGUAGGGACAUGAAGGCUUAUUUGGGAAUGACAUGAAAUAGUUACCUUUACACUACACCCUAAGGAGUGUGGAGUGUGAAGGAGAUUAUGACCGGGUGUUUUUAAUUAUUUAUGAUUAAUUGUAACCGGCAUUCAUGUAGUAAUGCAAUUAUGUAUAUGGCUGAGAUUGAUGGUUCUAUUUUAACUAGUGUGCAUAUAGAUUUUCACGGUAGGACAUAGACAUUCGCUAUCACUUUAUUCGGAACCUGGUUGCUGGCGAACUAGUCCUGAAGUAUUGUAACACUAAUGAGCAGGUUGCCG